CCAAAGCAACAGGGAACCAGGAAAGAGACGAAGACGGAAAGUUUAGCUCCUAUACCUCCUUUCUUGUGCUCAGGCUUUCCUCCCCUCAAACUUAGGACUCUCCUCCCUCUGGGUUUCAGUGACUACUCAUUGAUUCGCCCUCCUUUUCUGGGUCGAGAUGAACGAAGCUACGGAGAACCCAGCUGAGAUUUACAGCAUUCCUCUCAGGCCUUUCUUGUUUCCUAUAAAUAUUUCCUUGUUACACUUCAGCUUCCAUCUCAAAAAGAGGCUGAAGGACAACAUUGUUAACUUGAACAAGAAAAGAAAAUUACAGCCAGAGCAAUUGGAUUUGCCUAAACCAAAGCAUAAAUUCUGUGCUCGGAGCUUUGCUUGUGAACCAGUCUCUAUGUUCGAAACAAAUCCUGGAGUGGAGAGCAUAUUUACAAACAUAAAAACUGAAAAAACAGAGGGAGCAGCCAUGGAUGAUGAGUCAGAACCUGAAUCAGCAAAAGAUAGCAGCAGUUUUGGUGGAGAUUCCGACCCUGCCAUGUCUCCGUAUGCAACAGAGAACCUGUUCGAGGGGCCUUCCCCUUCAUCUGGUAAUUUUGACAGUGGCGACUUAAAGGAUACUGACCACUCUUCUGGUUUCAGAAAAGACAACCUAGCAUUUCUGAUUGGAGAGCGUUCUACCCUUCAUGAUGGAUCACGAGCAUUUCAGAACCUUGAUGAGAACCUCCUAGAAUUCAGUAAUGAAGUAGAUUACUCUUGCUCGGAAUAUGGAAAUGACAGCUUUGAACAACUUACAGAUAAGGAUAUUGAAGAUGUUCUCUAUUCCAAUGGGGUUAACCCAUACAAGUAUGUUCUUUCAUCAGGAAGAUGGACUGUAAACCAAGAGGCUCCAUCAGGAACUAGGAAACCAACCAUUGAUCAAGAAUUCGAGCAGUACUUUUCCAAGCUUAUGCUGUAGUAUUAAUGACUCAAAUAUGAGUAGCUAACAUAUAUAUUUCCAGGUUUUUGUGUCGAAUGCGAGUGUGUUGAUAUAUUAUGAAGAUCUAAAACUUGUUACUUCUGAUAAUCCCGUCCCAACGAUCCUCUGCAACAAAGAAUGUGAGCCUACUCUGGUCAGCUUUUCCCCUUCUCCUGGUAAUCCUUGAACUAUAUCAUGAUUCUUUAUAUUACGUACAUUAGAAGUAGAUAUUA